CAGGCAACUAUGCUUACGUUAUGCUCGCCGUACCGCUUGUGGCUGGAGCGGCACCUUUUGUUCUGUAUUUUGCAUGUUCCGACAAUAAGUUUACACACGUGGAUGUUUUGAACCGGUGGGCAUACCUAGAGGAAGUCCUGAGUUCAGUCGGAAUUCGAAUCGUUUCGUAUAACGCUGACGGAGACCCUAGGCUCCUCAAAGCGAUGAACAUCCGCGCCUGCCUGGACCAGGAAAGACAACCAUCUCCUUUGGGUGGAUACUACAUUGUUAAUUCCAACUACGCACCUAAUGCACAAGAUGCUACGCAUGGGACAAACAAGUUCAGAAAUCGGCUACUUACAAAGGACCUGAUAAUUGGUGACUACACGAUCGGAAAAUGCCACUUAACCACGCUGAUCAAAAAGUACAAGAAAUUCCAACACGGUCUAACUUGGUCGGACAUCAAUUUGAAGGACAAAAUGAAAUACGCGCCCACGCUCAAACUGAUCAAGCAAUUACUGAUAGACUUCUUGGUGGCCAAUGUCGAGGGAAGCUUGGGAACCGCAAUUUUCCUAAAACUCAUGCAACUUAUGCACCGUUCCUUCAUUGAGGAGAACAUCGAACCACUUCAAAGAAUUUAUUACAUUUGGACUGUUAACUUCUUCGUCAGAGCAUGGAGAAACUGGAUUGGACUAAAUCGCAAGCGUGGCUUAACUUACGAUCAAUACGUGACCACUAACGCAUACAAUUGCGUGGAGUUGAAUGCGCAUGCGCUAAUUGCUUUUAUCAGGGACUGCCGAGACCGAAAUGUUCCUGAACAAUGUUUGGUUACUUUUCUGUCGAGUCAACCUUGUGAAAAGUUGUUUGGCCAAUUAAGGACAAUGGCAUCUACAAACCAAACCGUCGUAAAUUUCACCAUCAAGGAGCUUCGAGCAAAACUGAAGAGACUCCAAAUGAAGACUUGCAUUAUGCAUAAAUAUAACGGUGAAAUUAACUUUCCAUCGCUCGACAAGUUCAACAACGCUCACCCUACACAAGUUCUGCCAAAUGAUAUCGAGAUCACAAAUGAAGUUUCGAAGGCUGAGCUCACCGCGCGACAGAUGCUGCAGAGUCUUGGUUUGAGUGACGGAGAAAUUGAUUUCACAGACUCACUUAACUUGAGAUCAAAAAAUCGACCAAACCAACCAACCGAGUUUGAAUUCGUGAACGCCGACUCUCAUAACGACGAAUUUAGUGAUUUGGAAGAAGAAGAACACGAUGAUGAUGAUCCAGAAAUUGUCGGAAAGUCAACCCAAACUCAAUCGUCGGAAAGUGCAGAUGAUGAAUUUGAUUUUUCUGACACACUGGAGUUUGUGCAGGUGCAACAGGAGUUUGAUGAGAGAUUGGAAGAGCCUAUCUACGCCAUCGAGGACCUAUUUGACACAAGCGAAGAAUUAACCUUGAAAAGUACCAGCGCUGGUGACAAGCAUGUAUUUAAAAUAAGGGAUUCGACGGGACAUGUAAAACAUAUUAAAAAAUCUACAUUUUUGUGGAUGGUAGCUCCAGGACGACAAAUUCUGUCUGUGGACAGAAAUCAAAGAUUCAGGCAAAAAUAAAAUGAAAUCUUUUCAAAUGGUCAGACGCACUGGUUGAAUAUUUAAAGUACAAUACUGCAUUAUUACAACUUCCAUUACUAACCUCACUGUUAUGUUUGCUUAUUUUAUAAUAUCGAUUAAAACACAUACACCUGUUGA